CUUUACUAAGCCUGGUCCUAACUGCUAAGUAGUCUAGUCUAAGUAGUCUUUAGAGUUGACCUAACUUCGGUUGCACCAACCAAACUUAACCCUAGGCUUAACUACGCCUGGUCUUAGCGAUGCGCGUUCAUGUGAAUGGCCACAGAACUAUAGCGGUUGCCUAGCAGUGUGCGUUGCUGGGUUACGCUGUAAACUAUCUUCCGCUGUUUUGUUAACUUGUAGCUGUCUCAAUGGAGGAUCAAAGAAAAAGGAAAGGAAAUUUCACCGACAUUGAGAUACGAAAGUUAAUUGAGCUGUACAGUCAGCACAGACACACACUGACUGCCAAGCAAUCAAACUCAAUAACGAACAAGAAGAAACAAACAACAUGGAAACAGAUAACGGAGGCGAUUAACGAUUGCUCUGACUCCGGCUGCCUUCGGACAGAGAGCGAUGUGAGGAAAAAGUGGAAAGACCUCCUGAGCAAAGCAAAAAAAGAUUUGUCUUCAAAAAAACACCACCCGACCGGCGGGGGUCCUCCCCCAAAAACUUCUGUGUACAGUACCAUAAUUGUGGAUAUCUUUGGAGAGGAUUCCCCGGCUUUUAUUGGUUUGGUCGGUGCAGAAAGUGGCGGUACCGAUCUGGAAGAAACUGCUGUCUCUCCAGAGAUGGAUGUCGACCACUCAAGCGAGAGUGUGAAUUGUGAAGACUCGAUGGAGGCCCAAGUCACUCCACAAAAUUCUCAUGAAGGCAGCAGCGGUGCACCGCUGGUGAAACGGAGGAGGAGGCUGGAUGAUGUGCAGCAGACACUUCUUGAGAAAGAAAUUGUUAGAGUGGAGGCUGAAACAAAGAAAUUACAGGCCGAGCAGGAAAAGCUGGAACUUGAAAAACAAAAAAUAUUGUUAGAAAUACAGUUGCUCCAACAACAGAUAAGCAGGUCAUCUUCGCCUAUUUCUGAAGAGGAUGGGCGGUCUUUUGUAAUUCUGUAAAUAAGCCUAAUGGCAAAUUGUGUGCAAUGAAUCAAUGACAAUUAUAUGUAAAUUAAAAAAGAGUUUAUUAUA